UUAUUCCGCUCGCGCUCAGCUGAGUGUCGGCAGCUUCAAAGCUCAGCAUCACUUUCUUUCCCCGUCUCUUUCCCAAUCACCGCACUGCGAUUCAGCGAGGUGAGGUUCACAGCUUCACAGCUCCACAGCUCAGCACCUGACCGACUCGUGCGCACGAGCAAAGCAGCCUCGCCGGGACACCGAGACGGGUUUAAAAAAAAAAAAAAAAAAAAAAAAAAAGAGGUGGGGUGUGGAAGGGGUCGACAAAUGCUCGAGACCCGCGGCAGGUGGCCCCAGACCCGACGGGGAGGGAGACGAGCGCGGCAGUGAUGGGACAGUUUUCCGGAGGACGCUGCUGGAGUUUUUCCGUCCUCGUGCUCCUUGGUUUGCGAGUCCCGGCGACGUUAGCUCGAGGUCCCAGAGGUGAAGCCUUGCAACAUGGCCAGUCUGGGACCCUGCCGCGGUUCUUGGAGGAGCCCGUUGACGCCUACAUCAUCAAGAGCAACCCCAUCAAGCUCCGGUGUCAGGCCCGGCCCGCGCUCCAAAUCUUCUUCAAGUGCAACGGUGAAUGGGUUCACCAGAGCCAGCACAUGUCCCAAGAGCACACCGACAUCGUGACAGGGCUGAAGAUCCGCGAGGUGAUGAUCAACGUGUCACGUCAGCAGGUGGAGGACUUCCACGGCCCCGAGGACUACUGGUGUCUGUGCGUCGCCUGGAGUCACCUGGGGACCUCCAAGAGCCGCAAGGCAAGCGUCCGCAUCGCCUACCUGAGGAAGAACUUUGAGCAGGACCCCCAGGGCACUGAGGUGCCUCUGAACGGCAUGAUUGUUCUGCACUGCCGUCCCCCGGAGGGAGUGCCGGUGGCUGAGGUGGAAUGGGUGAAAAACGAGGAGCCUCUGAAAGUUGGCGCCGACGGCGUGAUCGGUAAAAAGGGCGACCAUGAGCUGAUCGUCUCGGAGGCCCGCCUCUCUGACUCCGGCAACUACACCUGUGUUGCCAGCAACAUUGUGGCCAACAGACGCAGUGCCACGGCUAUGGUUGUCGUCUACGUGAACGGAGGCUGGUCGUCGUGGAGCGACUGGUCGGCCUGCAACGUGCGCUGCGGGCGGGGCGUGCAGAAACGAUCGCGGACCUGCACCAACCCGGCGCCUCUCAACGGCGGAGCCUUCUGCGAGGGCAUGUCGGUGCAGAAGAGCACGUGCAACACCGUGUGUCCAGUCGACGGAGGCUGGGGGGAGUGGAGCGAGUGGUCCGUGUGCAGCUCCGACUGCGACAGGCAGCGCGCCAGAGAGUGCACGGCUCCAGAGCCCAAACAUGGAGGACGACUCUGCGAAGGCGCGGCUUCGGCAGCGGAAAACUGCACGGGCGGCCUCUGCACUCAGAAUCGGAAGUUGCUCCAUGACGCAAAGCCUCAGGGAGUGGAAAGAACCAGUGAUGUGGCCCUGUACUCAGGCUUGGCUGCGGGAGUGGUGACCGUGGUGCUGCUGAUCGUCGUCGUCACUCUGUAUCGGCGGAGCCAAAGUGAGUACGGGGUCGAUGUCAUCGACUCCUCUGCCCUCACUGGGGGCUUCCAGUCUUUCAGCUUCAAGACGUCUCGUCAAGCAAACCCCCUGCUCAUGAACUCAUCCAUGCAGCCGGAUCUCACCGUGUCCCGUACAUAUACCAGCCCCAUAUGUUUCCAGGACUCCAUUGACAAGGAGUUAAUGGCCGAGCACUCGCUCCUCGACCCGCUGCCUGAUCUGAAGGCGAAAGGGGCGACGGAAAGGGCAGAGUACCACGUCAUGUCCCACCCUCAGACAUUUCCACGGGGCUUGGCUCCAGACUACAGAGGGGUUGCAGUGGGCACAACGCUGGGCAGGAGAGGCAAAAACCUUUUCACUCCGCGGGUCUUUCAGACGCUCAGCAGGCCUCUGCACAAAGCAACGGCGGUGUUUGGCCAUGCUGGAGGCAGGCUGGUGGUGCCCAACACAGGUAUCAGUCUGCUGGUGCCUCACGGGGGGAUCGCGGAAGACACUACCUGGGAAAUGUACAUGAGCAUCAACCAGGAGGACAGCAGCACUGUGCCGGAGGACGGGGCAGAGAUCUUUUUGAGUCCUGCCAUCACGUACGGCCCGCCAGGCCUCGACCUGUCCUGUCCGGUAGCCAUGACGAUAGCGCAUUGUGCAGAAGUCACUGCUGACAACUGGACCAUCAGGUUAAAGAGACAAAUCCAGGACAAGUGGGAGGAAGUGAUGUCAGUGGACGAGGAGAGCACGUCCUGCUACUGUCUGCUGGAGGCCCAGACGUGCCAUGUGCUGCUGGAGCAGCCGGGUCGUUACACGCUGGUGGGGGAGGCGCUGAACCAGGAGGCUGCCAAGCGACUGCGGCUGGCCGUCUUUGGCAGUCCAGACCAAAGCAACUCGCUGGGCUUCACCCUCAGGGUGUACUGUGUGGACGACACUCCCUACGCCUUUCAGGAGGUGGUGGUGGGGGAGCGCAGCAGGGGAGGACGGCUCCUCGAAGAACCCAAAAUUCUGCUGUUUAAGGGGAACACGUUCAGCCUCCAGGUGUCCAUCCAGGACGUCCCGCGGUUACUCUGGAGCAUCAAGCCUUUCACCACCUGCCAGGAGUUCUCCUUUUCUCAGGUGUGGGCCAGUAACCGGUGUCCCCUGCAGUGUGCCUUCUCUCUGGAGCGCUACAGCCUCUCCUCCUCUCAGCUGUCCUGCAAGAUCAGCGUGCGGCAGGUCACAGGAGAGGAGCAGAUACUCCAGAUCUACACGUCAGUCGUGGAGAACGAAAAAGGAGCGGUUCCCUUUUUCACGCAGUCCGACUGCACCAUCACCUCUCAGACAGGGUCAAAGGCCUUCAAAAUCCCCCCGUCCAUCCGUCAGCGGAUCAGCGCCACCUUUGACACGGCCAACGCCAACGGGAAGGACUGGCAGCUGCUGGCUCAGAAGCUCCACAUAGACAGGAACCUGGGCUACUUUGCAUGCCAGGAAAGCCCGUCGUCGGUGAUUCUGAGCCUGUGGGAAGCGCAGCACCAGGACCCCGGGGACCUGGACUCUCUGGCCAGCGCCCUUGAAGAAAUCGGAAAAGUCCAGUCCCCCCGGGAGGCCGGCGCUCUCGGCUGCAGCAAAGAGGACUCUGAGCUGACGAGACUCGGGUAGGGAGAAGGGUUUGUGGCGCAGUCCGAGUCCCGACAGACCUUCACUGCAUGACCGCCGACGAUCGCGUGUGCCGACGUACCCACCGAGAAGAAGAGACUGUUACUAAAGGAACACCUCGGCUAAACCAAAUGGUCCACACAAGGCACCACCAAGUCAGGGACAGAUCGAGUGUUUGUGUCAUGAGAGGUGCCGGUGCAUUUUGGGGGAAGGUCGUCAGCGAGGUGAACCACCUGGUGAAACGCCCCCCAAAAAAAGCUCCGAAUCCAGUCGCUCGUAGUUUCGUGUGAAGGAUUUCCUUUAACUAGGACAGAGUGGGUCUCAAACGCACGCUUUCCAGAAACAGACGCAAUCAAAUAAUCCAAGCGGCCAGAACAACAACAAAAAUCCUUACAGUAUUUUCUCAUUCAUUUUAUAGAUUUCUAAUGAAACUUAUUUUCUUCAGUGUAAAUUCAAUGUCUCUGCAGUUUUGAUUUAAACAGGAAGAAAGACAUAAAGUUUUUUUCCUCUCCAUUCCAUAAGGUCAGAGACACUGACGGUGAUUAGUAUCUAAAAGGACACGCGUCCACUUGCUGAGAAGAUAAUGGAUGGAUGAAUCACGCUGAUAGCUGUAAUUUUAAGAAUGAGCCACAAGCACACAGGAGGAUUUCUCAACCGGAGGCAGACGGACAGAAAUAUGAAAGCAGAGACUGCAGAGGCGGAAC